AUGGCGCCAAUGAGUAACCAAAGUAUAAAUUACAGUAGUAAUUAUGGCGAGGAGUUGACUGCCCGUGUCAACGUCCUUGCCUCAUGCUACGUCGUUGACUCUGCCGCCAGCCUCAAGGGCCUCCACUACUGCACUACGGGGGUCACAGGCCUGCCUUCUCCUCCGUCAAGUCCCCCCCUCGCCGCAUUAACCUCGUCCAACCAGCUCGCCCUUCUUCCUAAGCAGAAGAAGCGCGACAUUCCAGGCAGACGCCUGGAGCGACGAGGGGGGGCAGCACUCAUGAUCAGGGAAGAAUGUGAGAGAUUCUUCUGUGAGACCAUGAAGACCGUGUUCCUUGGUGAGAGGAACCCGUCUAUCAAUGGCUCCGGCUUUUCAGGUGCUUAUUUACAAUCGCCGCCACCCGACAACCACCUCGCGGAUCCAUUCAACCAGGGCCCGGACGCAGUUCCGGCUGGCUCGCGGAUCGACGCCUGGAUGGAAGUAUGGGACUACGCCGGCGGAUCGAGCUUCCGCGCCUUUGUGGUGGACGAUGGAAGGGAGAAGUCCCUCUUCAUCUUCUUCGACAUUGAAGGCGUGCUCGGAAGAGACUUGAAAAAGGCUCUUAUGGCGCUCAUCGAACUUGCUGAUGGUCCCCUGGCCUGUAGCCAGAUCGUCACAUGUCUCGAUCGCCGCCUGCCUGCAGAGAAUGCUCGUGAUUUGGUCAAGAGCCUUCAGUGGGUUGGGUUUGACAUGGCCACGCUAGAUCACUGGGCUGAAGACUUGGACGUGACUAGCAAGCAGUGGAUUUUCAUGGGCAUGGAACUCUAG